AUGAAAUUUUCUUUGAAAGUCGUUUUAGCGAUCCUUGCCAGUUGUUGUGUCUCACACUCCCAUGGUUAUGUCGAAGUUCCGGGUACUAGCCACUUGGGAGAGGGUGUGUGCCAAUCGACAGAUAGUACGGUCGGGGGUCUCGGUUCACAAAGUCCUGACUUUGCAGCAAAAUUCGAUCAAACCGCGCUUUCCUGCGAUGAGAUUUGCCGAGCCAACAACGACUCCGGUGGAUUGCGAGGAUUUACGCUUAAUGACGUAGGCAGUUGUUAUUGCCACUACGAUGAUGGCACAUCUCCCAAAGACUACCUUGGAACCUGUCCAGCGUCGUUUGAUGGUUGCGGAAACCAAAGUUCAGGGACUGGCGACCUGAAAGUGGGAGAUCCCAGCUCUGCUUAUGAUUGCUACGAAUACACUACUUUUCCUGUACCUGUUCCGUCCAAAAGCGAAAGCAAUGGCGAUCCUCAUUUUCGUACCUGGAAGAACGAGCACUUUGAGUUCCACGGACAGUGCGAUCUUGUCAUGACAAAGGUCAAGAACUUUGCCAGCAAGGAAGGCAUCGACCUCGAGAUCCACCUCCGUACGAACAUGGUUCGGUACUGGAGCUACAUCAAGACUGCCGCAAUUCGCAUCGGCAAUGAUAUCCUCGAGGUCGAAGGAUCCGUUGACAAGGAAGACGGCAUCGACAAGCGUCACUACCACAUCAACUUUGACCACCUUGGACCUCUCACCCAUCUUGGUGGCUACCCAGUCACCAUUAGCCCGCGCAACAACAAGUAUACCAUCGACCUUGACAAAGAUUAUCCAGCUCAAAGCAUCGAGAUCAAGACCUUCAAGGAGUUUGUGGGUGUCAAGAUCAUUGGUGCCACCGAGGAGUCCUUUGGAAAUGCCGUUGGUAUCACUGGUGAUUUCAACACUGGAAACACCUAUGCCCGUGAUGGCAGUACCGUCUUGCAUGAUUUCAACGAGCUUGGCCUCGAGUGGCAAGUCUUGCCAUCCGAUGGCAAAUUGUUCCAUGAGAUCGCCAAGCCUCAGUUUCCAGAGUUGUGCUACCUUCCGGAAGACCCCCGUGGAGACCGUGCUCGUCGCUUGGCCGAGUCGGAUAUCACCGAAGAAGCUGCCGAAGCUGCUUGUGCCGGCCUCAAGAAUGACUUCGAUCGCAAGGGAUGCGUCUAUGAUAUCUUGGCCACCCAAGAUAUGGACAUGGUCGGUGCCUACUAA